AUGGCCUUCGUGCAUGGAGUGCAGCCGAUCGGCGCUGCUUGUCAUGCGCUGCAGCUACGUAGUCGGCUGCGAUUCUCCCGACGUUCGCCUCGGCUAGCUGCGCCCUGUGCGGUUCGGGGCCGUGGGCGAGUACCUCGCAGUUCGCGCAAAGCUCCGGAACCUGCUCUCAGGGCAGAGGUGAUUUUUUGCUUGCUGGCAACUGGCAGCAGCUCGCGCCAUGCCUGGCCGAAGACGCUAAAAGCGGCCGCUUCCUUGUUUGGAAAUCGCCGAGAUUCACUGGCGCGCUCGCUGCUGGCAGCUCUUCAACGGACUUCCACGGUUGCACCCAGAACUGCAGCUGCCCUGGUCUUUGAUGGCGGUCGACGCAAAAGGGAUUUGACUUGGUGGGUCUUGGAUCCAGAGUUCCUGGGCCCAGAGGAUCAUACAGAAUUUCGAGUCCUACGACGUUUGCGACGUGUCGCGGACCAUGAACAGUUGCCAGGAGUUGACUUCCACCAGCAAAGCACAGGACCCAGAGGCUUACAAGAAGCAGUGCUGUCCUUCUUGCAGGGCUUGGGCCACGGCCAGGAUUCGGCUGCGGUGCUGUUGGAUGAAAGGCAUUCUUCCUUGCCCAUCGCUGGGCAUUUCAUCUCCAAUCUCCUCCCAGAAGCACGCCCCUUCCCCGCUCGCCGCGCGGUCUUCUUCCUGGGAUGUCCCGGCGCUGUGAGCACUGAUCAGGCAGCUGCUAUUUCCUGGGCUGCUGAGCAUGCGAAUUGGCAGCUCUUGAGGUUCAGUUUGGGCUGGGUGAGCGAGUUCACCUCCAAGAUCGUGAGCCGGCUGAAGAUUUGGCACGCCGCUGGCAAGCUCUUGCCCAUGCUGGGUGGCCUGCUGUGCCGUGAAAGGGGGACGGCCAGAUGGCAGCUUCAAGGCAGCUCUUUUGCCCAGGACGAGGAGGAGCGCUUCUCGUGGCCGGCGCCAAAGCAAGUCCAGAGAUUCGAGCCUGGACUGGGACCUCGCCUACAUUUUCUCGUCCAUGUGUCGCUGGACGUUAUGAAUCUGAAAGCCAUCGACUCGCCAGAACACUCCUUGCUAGCACGCUGCUGUUUGGCUGCUCUUUGGCGGGCGCAUGGAGCGUACUACCGAUGUAUGGUAUCCUUCGUGCAAGACGGGCCGGUUGUAACCGUCUCGCGCAAGUUCGCGGGUCGUUUCAUGGGCAAGGCACCCACAGAGAAUGAAAUUCUGACAGAGCUGAAUAAAGCUGUCCAAGAUGCAGCGCAGAGACCGCCAGACAAGCAACGUCCCGGAAAGUGGGCUGUUAGCGUGCAAUGGCCAAAGCAAAGUUCCUGGGGAGAAUCAAUACUGGCCUAUCCGAAGGACACCGUGCUUGAGCUCAAGGUGGCACUCGGGAGCGAGGAAUGCCAGCGAAGCCUCGAAUGCCCUGCUCUUGAUUUUGCAGACGGCAUCGAUGUGCUUGUCAUUCACCUCUUCAACGAGAACGUUCCGCUAUGCCAACAAGCUGCGCAGGCUAUACUCCUUCCAAGCCUGGCACACGCUAGCGAGGCAGAAGUGAUUUGCAUCCUUCAGAGCGCCCUGCUGAACUGGGGCCCUGCUGGCCAGGCUUUACUAGAGCAGAUCACAGAAAAGAGCCGGCAGCUGCUCAACUACUACGAGCUGGCGCGGCAGUUUGACUUCGAGGCUCAAGCCAAGGCGCUCGCAGCGCAGGCACCUGGAGCCGUGCUAGCUCCUGGCGCCGUCUCGGAUCCGUUGAAGGACACGGCUGGAGCUGACGCGGGCGUGUGCAGAUUUGUGCGACACUAA